CAGACAGAGAUGGAGAAAGGAAAAAGUUGCACUUUUAUUUAAACAUUUUAUUCUGCAUCAUCAACUGUUAACAGUUGAUCACAAUUAUCAACCAUCUAGCAGCUUAAUCAAGUUAAUUCCUAACAUGGUGUCUCAUCAUCUACUUAACAGUAACCUCUUCUUCACCUUGCUUCUUAGUCAGUUGGUUGCAACUUCAACCUCUUUGUCAUCACCAGAGAUUAAUAAUGAUUCAAGUUCAAGUUACCUAAAAAAGACAUUGCAAACAUUCAAAACGAUCUAUUAUCCACACAACCAGUUAAUUGUUGAUUACUUGGAAACUAUUGUCAGCGAUGUUGAGCUCAAUUUGACUCAACCAUGUGUCCAGAGUUUGGAUAAAUUAAAAGAAGGACUCAAAGCCAAUGCAAUAUGGGCAAUGAAAUUUUUAGACGCCUCUGGUCAUGGAAACGGAGGUUUUUUCAAUUAUUAUAUCGUCGAUCUAGGAAAUUACGAUGAGUGCCUUUCUUUGUCUAUUAACGAACAAACCCAGUCAGGACCAGUGACAUUUGAUGGUCAAUACUGUCUUGCUAAGCUACAUACUCCGCCAAUCAUGGAUAGUGAUAUAACUCAAAGCAAUUUUAAUGGAACUCUAAUUGAAUUUUUGAAAAAUUCGGAAGAACAAUUGAAAUUAAGUUUGCCGCAAAUCGGAGUUUGUCUUCCAUCAACAUGUGAACCCAGUCAAAUAGCUUCAGCCAUUAACAAGCAUGCUCAUCGAAAUGGCCUCACAGUUGAAUUAGGACCAUUUUGUGAUACCAAAGAUGUUUACCAAAAACCUUAUUCAACAAUUGAAAAGAUUGCCUUUGCGAUCAUUGGAAUCUUUAUUGGAUUAACAAUCCUUGGAACGAUCGUCGAUCAAGGAUGGUUAUCUCAUUUUUCCGCAUUGCGAAACAUAGAGCGUCUGGUCAAGCAAACCAACAACUCAGACAAAUUGACACUCAACUUUAUCAACGGAGGCAAAGUCUAUUAUCUCAUACUUUCAAUUGCUGGUCAUAUUUGGUAUAUUAUGGGCACUUUAAUACCUCCAAUGUAUAUGGGAAUCUAUUCUUACAACCUAUCACACUCUGCAAUACUUCGUGAGUUGUCAUCAAAUUGUCUUCUCUUCAUUGAGAUUAUAAUUUUUGUUGGUGGAGUUCUCACCAUGUAUACCUGUUAUCAAGUUCUGGAGAAAACUCGAGGACGACUCUCUUUCAUUCAGUACAUUGUUGUUCGCUAUUUAAGGACGACCCCAACAGUUAUUGCCUCAAUUUUAUUGAUAUUUAUAUGGCCAAGACUUGGUUCUGGACCACUUUUUCGUGAAUUGGCCACCAAACAGACUGAUAAUUGUAUUAAACAUUGGUGGCGCAAUUUGCUGUAUAUAAAUAACUAUCAACACAUUUUUGAUAUGUGUUCACCUGCAACUUGGUAUUUAAGUUCAGAUUUUCAAUUGUACGCUAUUAGCUACUUACCAAUAGUUUUACUUCAUCGUCGUCCUAAACUCGGACUUUUAACGUGUUUCAUGUACAUUUUGGGUUCUGGUUUGUACAUGAUGUACGAUGCAACUCAGAGAAAUCUCAGACCUUUGAUUGAUAUGAGAGAAGUAACCAUAACUACAAUCAAUGGAAUUUCUGAUCUUUAUUUCCCAUUCCAUCUGCAUGUUCAAAGCUAUAUCAUGGGAGUUUUAGCUGGUUAUGCAGUUGCCAUUAAAAAAGAGCCUUUCUCAAAAGAAAUUUUCACAAUUGGAUGGAUUGUGAGCGUUACUAUGGGCCUAUCUACUCUUUACUUUGCUUAUGUCAUCAAAUUUGAUCCUAAUGUUUCAAGACUUGGUGAACUUUUGUUUAUUGGUUUCCAUAGGAUCCUGGUUGUAGUUGGUUUUGCAUGGGCUACUUAUGCCUUUUCAUUUGAUUCUGGAGUUUGGCUCAGGAAAUUUUUCGAUUGGAAAUUUUUCACUCCAAUAUCAAACAUGUCACUAUCGAUUGUCUUGAUUCAAUUUGUGUACAUGUUUUAUGAUCUUGGUACAAAACGCCAACCUUUGGUUUUUACCACUUAUAACCAGUUAAUUUAUGGAAUCAUAUCUCUAGUGAUGUGUGCUAUCCUUGGCGGAAUAUUACAUCUAACGGUUGAAGCUCCAACAUCCAAUUUACUUGCGUCUUCGAUGAGGCAAAGAAAGGUUCAAUCAAAGAAAUCUGAAAUGAAAUCUCAAAUGGAAUCAAAGAUUAAAUCAGAAGUAAAAAACGCUAAUCUGAAUAAUAAUAACAUUGAUGGAUUAAAGUCUAAAAAUGAAGAAUCUAAUCAUGUAAAACAAGAUUGAUUCUAAUGAAAAUUUUUCCAAUUUUUCAAUUUUUUAUCUUCGAAUUAAGAUCGUAUUUUUCACUCAUGACAUUUCCAAUGUUUUUCUAAGAAAAAGAGAAUUUACUUUUAAAAAA